AUGUGCACGAACGGCGUCAAGGCGAACGACGACGACGGCGACGACAGCCUGCGCGAGGCGUUGAAGAUCGCGAUAUUGCUGGGCGAGGCGGGCGCGGACGCGAGAUUGGCGAACCGAUUCGCGGAGCCGCCGCUGAUCGCGUGCGUGUUGGCGGGCGGGUUCAUCCCGGGGAUGACUAUCCUGCUCGAGUUCGGCGCGGACCCGAAGCAGGAGUCGACGGGGAACGGCAACGUCUCGGCGUACGGGAUGGUCUUCGGCAGCGGCCCGAUGCCGAUGAAAACGGCGAGGGCGCUCUUGAGCGCCGACGUGUACAAGGAGGGCGGAGUCGUGGGAAGAGACGUCCGCGUGCACGGGUUGACGUCGGCGAGCGCCAAGGCGCUCAACGGUAAGGUCGGGACCGUGCGGCGUCUCGACCCGGUGACGGGGAAGUACGAGGUAUCGCUUCACGGGGAGGAAGAUAGAAUCAUCUCGAUCGCGCCGUGGAAGUUGAAACUCGCGGAGGAGAUGUUCGGCUGCGUCGUUCGGUUGAAAGAUUUGACGGGACGGAGCGAGUUGAACGGCAGGCGGGGGAUCUGCGGGACGUACCUGCGCCACCGAGGACGGUACGAGAUCGCGGUCCAGGCGACGAACGACGCGCCGGCGGAGAAGAUCUCGGUCAAACCGUGUAACAUCGAGCGGUUGGAGAGAUUGAGUAAGAUAGGGAACUGCGCGGGGUGCGGCGUCGCGGCGUCGUCGGAUGAGAAGAAGCCGAAAGGGUCGAAGAAGAAGGGAGAGAGAGCGAAAGAGAGCGCGAAAGACGACGCGAGGGUAAAGCUCAGGUACUGCGGCCGGUGUUACACCGUCGUGUAUUGCGGCGACGAGUGCGUGAAAGCGAACUGGAAUCUUCACAAAGAAGAGUGCGCCGCGCGGUGCGCGAACCAGGCGAGGAUCAAUUUGCAGAGAAUCAAGGAGUCCACGCCGCGAGGAAUGUCGUUCUCGACUGUUAACAUGCAGACCCAUCAGAUCGACGCGUUGAAUGAAUUCGGUGAGAUUGUCGCGAGCAAGAACGAAUCGUUCACGGUGAAGGUGCAGAUUCCGUUGGUUCCACCUGGGAUGGGGAGGACAUUACAAAACGGCAUGGGCGCCAUGGUCUACGACGAAAAACGACGACUGCAGUUUCAUAUUCCGGCAAACCCGCCCUUCGAGAAGGAGUACCAACAAGCGGUGGAACACGUGGAGAGCAAGGGCCUCACUGCCAUGGGAAGCGCGAAGGGCGUCAAGGCGUACUUUCCCGCGAGGUUGAUCGACAGCGGGAAGACGAUAUUGAUUGACUUUCACGAGGCCUUGACUCCGCCGGCGUGGUGAAAGAGUCUCGUCAUAGCUACGUUUCGUUUCCAUCGACACAUCGACGCACCU